AUGCCUGAAGAGUGGCCCCAUGCUUUGUUCCAGGACCCGAUGCGGCUGUAUCGCGCGAAGCGAGACAGCGCACACCGUAGUGUUGCGUCAAAGUACACCAUUCUAGGAUUCAUCUCUUCGGGAACCUAUGGUCGUGUGUAUAAGGCCCAGAGCAACGAGCCCGACAGGACCGUACAUGCCAUCAAGAAAUUCAAACCCGAUAAAGAGGGCGACGUCGUCACCUACACUGGCAUCAGCCAAAGCGCCAUUAGAGAAAUAGCCUUAAACAGAGAGAUCUCCCAUGAAAACAUCGUGGCGUUGAAGGAAGUUAUACUGGAAGACAAGUCCAUCUAUAUGGUCUUUGAAUAUGCCGAACAUGAUUUUCUUGCAAUCAUACAUCAUCAUUCCCAAACUCUGCGUGGCGCGAUAAAUAUACAGGUCUUGAAGUCUAUGACUUAUCAACUUCUCAAUGGGCUCCUCUACCUGCACUCAACGCACGUCCUUCAUCGAGAUCUCAAGCCGGCCAACAUUCUGAUUACAUCAGGAGGUGUUGUCAAAAUUGGGGACCUAGGUCUCGCCCGCCUAAUCUAUCAGCCCCUACAACCAUUAUUCGCUGGGGACAAAGUUGUUGUGACAAUAUGGUACCGUGCUCCAGAGCUCCUAAUGGGAGCUAAACAUUAUAACAAAGCCGUGGACUGCUGGGCUGUUGGCUGCGUUCUCGCUGAAUUAGCCAGUCUACGACCAAUUUUCAAAGGCGAGGAAGCGAAGCUGGACUCGAAGAAGAAUGUGCCGUUUCAAAAGGACCAGCUUCUGAAGAUAUUCGAAGUGUUAGGAACUCCUGAUGAGCGGGAAUGGCCCGGAAUCCGAGAUAUGCCAGAAUAUCAGAACAUGCGAAGAUUAGACACGUACCUCUGCUCUCUCAACACUCCUAAUAGCUACCAGAAUCAUCUAUCAGAUUGGUGUAGUUCCCGUCUACGGGCUCCUAGAGGCUACGAUCUACUAUGCCAGCUAUUUGCUUAUGACCCAGAUAAACGACUGACGGCCAAGGAGGCGCUAUCACAUAAGUGGUUUUACGAAGAUCCACUACCGACGCCGAAUGUCUUUGCUGGAGUUCCAAGUCACCACAUGCCGCCUCCACGUCGUAUUACGCACGAUGAUGCACCGUCUAUGAUGGCCGUUCCGGCUCCCACUGCCCCAACCCAGUCGCAAAUAGUUCAACAACAUGCGCAUGCUCAGCACCUCUCGCAACAAUCUCAAGCAAACUUGUCGCAGUCAAAGCCAGGCAGUGCCAGCAGCUUUGCUAGCGUAAGUGGUGGGGGACAGCAGUACCAAAGUAGUCAGGGAGGCUCCGUGAGGAAAAAACAAAGAAUCGGAUGA